GACACGGUCUGCGCGGAGAUGCUCAGGAGCUGCGGGGACAGCUCUGUGGCCACCUCUGUAGGGCUCUCCCUUCUGCUGCUGCUGCUGCUGCUGGCCUGCGGAGUCGGGUGUGCGUGGUACCGGAAAUGCCGGGACACAAGGCAGUUUGCCUUCCCCAGGUUUCUGCAGAGGGGCGGCCGUGGGGGCAGAGACUACUCCAAAACGCUCUCCCUGCGCCGCCAGGGUGGCGGCUCAAGGUACAAGGUGCCGGCUCGGACCCAAGCCCACAGGCCUGCAGCCAGCGACCCUGACCUGUGCAAUGACUACGAGAACUGGGAAGUGGGCCCAGCCCUGGCAGAGGAAGGCAGGAAGGGGCUGUACGAGAACAUGCAGCCGCCCCGCUUGGAGGAGCCUGUCUACGGAAACGAGGCAUGGUCUCACUAUUGCAACGUCCAGAAGCCCCUUUCUCCUGAAACCCCUCAAGAGGAAGACAUCUACAUUGUCCCGGACUAG